AUGAGCGGCGCAACCGACAUCCAGACGCCCGCAGGGCUCGUGCGCGGCGCAUCCACGACUCUGCAGCCCUCCGACAUGCCCGUCCAGAGCACCGCAGACGACGUUCACGUGUCUCAGAACGAGGUUGUGCCCAAGGCGGGAGUCGACGAGACAUCAGCGGGACCAUCGCACAGCGUCGACCGGAAGCCUGUCCCGGCGGCGUCUGGCCCCAUUGCGAACGGCAUGUCGACUCCACCGCCUGCCAAACGAGCCAAGUCACCACCUGGCUCUGGCCCAUCCGAAGAGGCGGCAGCACUGCUGCUGAACUUCUCGGCCGUGUACCCGUUGCCCUCCGUCUCCGAACACCCUGUCGAGCAGCCUUCUGCACCAUCAGGCUACCCGCACACACCGCCCAACGACUCGCCUCGUUCGUCCGUCCCUGCUCCCUCAUCCGUCGCCGGUCCGCCCUCACCGCCCGGCCUUCCGACACCCUCCGCCCCGAGCCCCGAAGCCACCACCAAGCCGUCCAAGCCCAAGCGGAAGAGGAAUGCGACCGCUGGUCCCUCCAGACAACCUUCUGCUGAGCGCGACAGGCCACCGCAUUGGAUGGGCGAGGACAAUGGCAUCAUCCGUUGCAUCUGUGGCUUCACAGAGGACGACGGUUUCACCAUUCAGUGCGAGGGCUGCAAUGCCUGGGAGCACGGCCUCUGCUUUGGCUAUCGCGACGAGUCCUCGGUCCCCGAGACGUACUUUUGCGAGCUGUGCGAGCCUCGACCAGUCGACCCUCAGGCAGCUCGCGCGCUGCAGAUGCAAGCGCGGGUAUCGUAUGACAGUCGACGAAUAAUCCGACCAGGCGAUGAAGUCGUGGAACAGAUCAAGAAACCCCGGCCAAAGCCAAGUCGAAAGAAAACCGACAGGGGAGAUCGAACAGAGCGACCAGAGGCUCCACCAGUGCAACCGCAGCCGUCGACAGACCGCGAAACGACUGCAGAGGAGUCCAAGGAGACGCCAGGUGGAAUGGGUCCCCCUGCCAUGAAGCCAAAACGGAAGACUCCAGGCGGCAAGCCUCGUUCAAAGACGUCCGAGUCUGGUAACCCAUCUGGCUCGGCGCAGGACGACUACGACUUCUUUCGCAUCUUGCCCUGGGAACUCGAGUACACUCCGAUCAAGGACAACAUCAUCCGUGGAGUUGUUGCCAGACAGGCCGUCGCCAAAGUCUACAAUGAAUGGGUGGACGGGGAGGACCCGCCUCGAAAGCGGCGUGCCAUUCAAAAUGAGUCUGGCUUGCCCUCACCAACAGAGUCGGGAACACGUCGCCUCUCGCCUGAAGGCUUGUUCGCCACACCACCCGAUUUCUCCGUCCUCGCUCCGCCAGUGCCCCCGGUCGCGCUGUCUGGAACCGACCUGUCAUCCCUCGCUGCGCCCACAACUAUCCGCCAGAUUGACGACUCGACUUGCUUCCUCCCCUUAAAGUACCUCGAGUCUGGCACCGGCGUCUACGCCCACCCUACCCAGUAUGGUGUCUUCGCCGUCGAAUCGCUCCCCACUGGUGGCUUCAUCGGCGAGUUCCGGGGCGAGGUGCUGGACACGGCAACGUACCGCAAGGACCCUAUCAACCAGUACUCGGGUCUCGGCAUCCCGAAGCCAUUUGUUCAUUCCAUUGGUCCUCCUGUCAAUCUCAUCAUCGAUGCCCGAUCAUAUGGCAGCGAUAUGCGGUUCGUUCGAAGUGGCUGCCACCCGAAUGCCGUCCUGCGGCCUCUCCUCCUUCGCUCUGAUGACGACGACUCGGCGCCCAAGCUCAAGUUCGGCAUCUUCGCUGCGCGGGAUAUCGGCCGGAACGAGGAGAUUGUGACUGGGUGGGAGUGGGACGACCAGCAUGUGGUUCACACUCUCCGUUCAAUCAUCGACGCUGCUCUGCUCAAGGGCGCCGAGCCUAUUCCCGUGGACACCAUCGACCUCCUCGCUAGCAAGUUUGAUUCGAUCUUGACCAACAUCUUCGGCACUUUCUCGUCGUGCGCCUGCACCCAGUCACAUGAUUGUGCUUUUGCUCAGAUGCGCAGGCUUGUUACCGGGCAACAAUUCCAUGGCGUCAGCCAAGGCCGCGCCAGACGCAGAAUCGAUCUCGGCGAGCUAAUUGGCGCUGUUCGAGGCUGGCGUCGGAGAGAGCUUGAAGCCGCAGCCGCUGCCAGCGCUAAGCGCUACCGCUCUUCUGGAGAAUGGGAAGUCUGGCGCGCUGGUCCGAGGCGACAUUCUGCAGCGACUAGCAGCGACAAGGUUGCUGAUCGCCCUUCGCCACGACAGUCUUCUGAAUCUUUACCCUCCGACCGUCAAGACUCGGAGGACGAGGAGCAGGAAGAGAUCGUUGCGGAGGAGCAGGAGGCGGAAGAGGCCAAGGAGGAUGAGGUCGAAGAGCCUGUCACUGUCCCCGCAGCUGAACCGCCGGCUGCGGUCGAGCCCGAUCUUGUGGAAGAACCGUCCGAGCCUGCCGAGGCUGCGCCCGAACCCGAAGACGACUCGAAGAUGGAUAUUGACGAACCUGUUGUUACCGCAACAGUUGAGGAAGCUACGAUCGAGGUUCCCGCCGAUGAGCCAGUGGCUGAGGCUGUCCCGUCCAAGGAGGACUUGCCCGAAGCUAUUGCAAAGGAGGAGCCUGUCAAGGACGAGGAAGCCUCUCCGGCCGAGCCGGCGCAACUGGAACAGCCUGCGGAGGACGUCGUUAUGGCCGACUCCGUUCCGGCCGCCCCCGCCACCCCUGUCCAGGCUUCUAAGCCACCUCCCAUCGCCCCGUCAUCGUCCAUCCUUUCUUCUAUCCCCGACGACGUCACCGAGGUACCUGAGAGUAAGGACGACGACGGCAACGCUUCAGACGCAACAACCGUCACUGUGGCCCGCUCCCACUUUAGCGGCUCAGACAACGAGUCGGACAACGAGGAUGUCCCUCAGCCCGACUCGGAUGUUGUUGAGGAGCCUAUCCGUUCGGCAGCGACUCGUCGCGGUCGUCGUGUCGUCUCGCCCGUGCUCGAAUCGCCGCCUCUCGUGUUGGAAUCCAAGCCCGCCAAGACGCGCACUGUUCCGUCGUCCUCGAGCACCAAGUCUACCCCUCCUCGACCCAAGCACGGCAAGGAAGCGAAGCGCCGUCCGCGCAAAAACGUCAUUGCAUCCAGCGAUGAGGACAUGAGCGGAGACGACGAGCCGCCUGUUGUUAGCCCGAAGCAAACUCGCCCGCGCUCUCCUGUCCGAUCCAAGAAGGAGAAGCCCAAGGCGCGGAAGAUUCAACGUGCAGAGGAGAACGACGACGACACGGAGGAAGAAGUGGCGCCCAGGCCUCGUCCUGACAGCCGCAAGGCUUCAUCCAAGGCCCGUAUCGCCAAACCUGACUCGACCGACAGUCGCCGCGCGGACAGGAACACGGACAGGGCCGUCAAGAAGGAAAAGGAUGUGGAUGGGCUCGCCCGUAAAUCAAAGGCUUCCAAGGCAGACAAGAGCGACGCAGAGCCCAAGGCCGCGCGUGUGACAUCUCCCAAGGUCUCACGUAGGGCGCCGCCCAAGGCAGUGACGCCAGAGCCGGCUGCCCCUGCUGAGACCGUGAAGGCCGAGCCGCCUCGCGAACCCACCCCUCCUGCCAAGGAGCCGACCCCAGCACCCAAGGAGCCGACACCAGAGCCAGAGCCAAAGGAGCCAACGCCGGCACCCAAGGAGCCCACCCCGCCGCCGAAGGAGCCAACACCACCGCCCAAGGAGCCAACCCCGCCGCCGAAGGAGCCUACUCCACCCCCACCCAAGAAGGUAUCGAUGAGGGAGUACCUUGCCAACCACAAGAUUCGCAAGGUGUCACAGCCCACGGCUGCUCAGGAGGAAGCCGCAUCGGCCACCCCCGUCGAUGAGAAGCCCUUAUCGAUUAAUACUGCCGUCACUGUUGCUGCGGACACUGCGACAUCGACCAGUGCGCAGAGCGAGAGUCAGUCCAAACUGAACCUGUUUGAGCACCUGCCCUCGGCGCGCCCGCCUUCAUCCAGUGGUCUCGGCACCCCAUUCACGCCAUCGGCAGCGGGUCCUUUGACUUCAGCGACUCCCAGCUCGGCCUAUGUCCCCCGUUCCGACUACUUUGGCAGCCAGCCGUCUGCUUCGUCGACCUCGACGACGCAGCCGGCUUACGUCCCACGCCCGAGCCCCAAUUUUGUGCCUCGGACGCCAGUGGACGAACCAUCAGCACUUCCGCAGCAGUCACCCGUUCUCGGAGCAUACGCUCCGCGCCAAGACGUGGACCACCUUCCACUUGGCCCAAGCCCGACUACGGCGCGUCCGCCGUUGCCAGCGCAGACGCCGCCCAAGUCUUCCCACGCGCUCCCCGACAUGCCUCCGGCACUCGGAGCACGUGAAGGGCCCCCACAUCACGGUAGUCACGCUCAUCAUCGACUCCCGCCGACAGGUCCGCGCGUUCCGCCGACAGGCCCCCGUGGUAGCUGGGGUGGAGCGUCAGGUCCGGGUGGCUCGGGACCUGGCCAUCAAACCUCCGGUGGCGGCCCUGUUUCGCCCGUGUCUCAGCUGCGGCCUCCGUUCCCACCACGCGGUGGUGGCAACUUUGGCGGCGGACGAGGCGGCAGCUUUGGAGACCGUGGUGGCUUUGGUGACCGCGGCUUCUCUGGCCGUGGCGACUAUCGUCGCGGCGGCGGCGGCUUUGGUCGCGGACGUGGCCGCGGCCACAUGUAA